AUGGCCUCCGAGUACAAAUACGACGAGGAGUCCGAGACUUGGCCCUACUUCGUGUUGGCCCUUCUCGUUUUUGCGUUGUUGCCCCUCACGUAUAGAUAUGUCAGUGGGUUGUUCGCCAGAGAUCGGCCGGCCCAGAAACCCGCAAAGGGCGCCCUUUCGCUUGACCACCAAGCAUUGGACUUGCCCCACUCGGCCCAGAUUAGCAAGCUCCAGUUCAGCCUGGCCUCUAGCCGAGUUUUCAACAAAAAACUCGUGUUUGUCGUGGCUGGAUGGGCGCUUGUGGCGUACAUCUGGACCACCUACGCACAAGAGGUGAGUUUGCAGGGAUUCUUCGACCCCUACACCAUCUUGGAAGUGCCAUACACGGCCACGGAGCGAGAGAUCAAGACCCGCUACAGAAUGUUGUCCUUGACGUUCCACCCAGACAAGAUCGCCAAGGACUUGAGCGACGCCGCAAAAAAGGAAAUGGAGGAGGCAUACAUCCGCAUCGGUCUCGCGUACAAGGCAUUGACGGACGAGGCCACCAAGGAGAACUUGCGCUUGUACGGCCACCCCGACGGCCCGCAGGAUAUCUCCCACGGAAUCGCCAUUCCCAAGUUUUUGGUGGAGGGCAAGUACUCUUCGCUUAUGAUCGUGGUGUACUUUCUCUUGAUCGGGGUGGUGUUGCCGCUUGUGGUGGGCACCUGGUGGAACAACGUCAAGUCGGUGACGAAAAAGGGGUUGUACGUCGACACUGCCACGUUCAUCGUGCACCAGUUGACCGACAGAGUCCCUGGGAAGGUGUUCACACCGUUUGACAUUUUGGACUGGAUGCUCCAGGCUGGCGAGAUCACGCUCAUCAGAGGGAACUUAACGGUGGAGCAGACAAGGGCUCUUGUGUUGGAGUAUCUUGCCAGAGACUUUUCCGGUGACAACGAGCUCUUGAAAUUGAAGGUCGUGGCCAAACUUCCGGAAUUGAUCAAAGCCUUCAUCGAGAUCGCCACUGUAUUCCGGGUCCUGGACGUGGUGAUCGCAGCCUAUGAUUUGCAAAAAGCUAUUUACCAGGCUUCGUCGCCAGUUGGUAAGCACAAGGAAUUGUUGCAGUUACCUUAUGUUGACCAAAAGACGGUCGAGGCCCAGCCAAUUAAAAAGAUUGGCAAGUUGCUCACUUUGUCCAAGGAUGAAUCCGGGAAGGUCUUGGGUAUCAAAGAUCCCAAGAAAUUGGAGAUAGCAUUGAGCGUCGCAAAUAAGAUCCCGUUCUUCAAAGUGUUGGACGCGUCUUUCAAAGUGCCGGGCGAGAGUACAGUUGCUCCAAACUCGAGCACUCACUUGGUGUUGAAGUUCUUGGUGAAGUCUGCUGCCUUCAAGUCCUGUCCAAAAGUUGAGGAAUCUAGAUUGUCUGAGGAAGAGACUUUCGAAGACAUGAAAGACCCGUUGAGAUCAAAUAAGGAUGCGCCGUUGUUGCCCCAAUCAUACGCACCAUACUUUCCUCAAAAGCUUGCCAGCUCUUGGGAAUGCUUUAUCGUGAACCAGAAGGACUCGAAGUUCAUCGAAAAUUCUGAGGCCGCGUCCUUGGACAAGGUCGAUUUCAGCAACCUUGAAUUGACCCAAGAACAAUGGAUUCAGGGCAAGGAAGACACUUUGGUCAUCAGCACGUUCAAAAUCAAGAUCACUCUGGCGGCUCCACCAGAAACAGGACUCUAUCAUUUCAGGUUGCUCAUGAAGAGCAACUCUUACUUUGGCAACGACGUUGACAUUCCACUAGAGUUGAAUGUAGUAAACCAACCUGUCGAUAUGGAGGCCGUCAAGAGAGCUGCUAGUCAAGAAAACUCUGAUGAUGACUCAGAUAGUGACAUCUCCGACCCUGAGGAAGACAGUAUUGCCGGGGCAUUAGCUGCGAUGAGAGGCCAGAAGGUAAAGAAAGCUAAUAUACUGGGUGAAGAAAUUGGAGAGUCCGACAAUGAGAGCAUAUUCACGGAUAUCAAUACGGAUACCGAGGAUGAAAAGGAAGAUUAA